CAGUGCUGGGGGAAGUGUGAUGACGGCUGAGACACUCAGAACGCAGGAGACUUCGUGCAGUGUCUUGGUCAACUUCAAAGCACAUCUCUCCCAGCAGAGGCACAGCCGAACCCCAGCUGCCGACAGGCCCCGGAGCCGAAAUAUACCUCAGCUCGAUUCCUGAGGCAGGAGAGUUCAGAGGCCGACGGCCCCUCCUGGGUGGGGGAACACAUCACAUCAGCCAUGCCCAGAUUCGGUGCCUUCAUUCCCCUCCUCCUCUUCAUCUUCCCUGGGACCUCCUCCCAUUGUCACACAGGUACAGCCAAUGAAUGCAAGAAGCAUGCGGCCUUCGUGCCCGGGCACAGCUUGGUAGGAAGGGGCAUCGAUGUGACCACGAUGGGCAGGAAGGGGGCCGAUCUCGUCGACAGCAGCGACUGGCAGCGUCCAGACGGCACCUGCACCCUGUGCCAGAACCAACUGCAGGGAGGGCAGUCGCAGAAGCUGCCGCUGGCUGCGGUGGACUGGAGGGUCGACAUCUCGUGCCGUCGGAAUCUGAGCAGCUCGGUGCAGCAGUCGGCGAUGGGCGUGUUGGAGUUGGCGGCGUCCGCGGUGCAGAACGACUGGAAGGUGGGGCUGGACGUGCCUGUGAAGCCCAAGGUUAAUGUCCAGGUGGCGCUGGCCGGAUCACAUUCCAAACUGGCCAAUUUCCUGCUAGACCACACGCGGAUGGACAAAUACAGCUUCAUAAGCCACGAGGUCUCCUGUGGCUAUUACAGGUUCCAGGUCAGCGAAAAGCCCCCGCUCACCAGCCAUUUCACUCUGGCGCUGGAGAACCUCCCGGGCCAGUACGACAGCAAAUCGAAGGUGGAGUACCAGCAGCUAAUCAGCAACUACGGCACCCACUACAUGUCCCAGCUGCAGCUGGGGGGCCGGGCGCGGGACGUGACGGCCGUGCGGGUCUGCGAAGCAGCAUUGAGCAGCUUGACUGACGACGAGAUCAAGGACUGCUUGAGCGUGGAGGCGGCCGUGAGUAUCGGAACAGGCUUGGUCAAGGGUGGGAACAGCAAGUGCGAGGAGGAGAAGAAGAAGGGGAAGGUCCAGGGGAGCUUCCAUGAGACGUAUCAGGAGCGCCACGUGGAGGUGGAGGGAGGAGAGAGCACGACUGACGUGCUCUUCUCAGGCAGUGAUGCCAAGGUCUUCUCGGCCUGGAUUGAGAGUCUCAAAGGGAACCCUGGCCCGGUGUCCUAUUCGCUGCAACCCAUCCACAACUUGCUGGAGCAGGACGACCCGAAGCGAGAGGCGCUGAGGCAGGCAGUCAGUGAGUACAUCCGUGAGAGGGCCCUGUGGAGGAAUUGCACCCGAAGCUGCCCUCGGGGGACUCAACGCAGCGCCCACGACCCCUGUUCCUGUGUCUGCCCCGGGGAUGCCAUGACCAACGCCAUGUGCUGCUCACGGGAGCGCGGCCUGGGGAAGCUGAUGGUCACAGUGCAGAAGGCCAGUGACCUGUGGGGGGAUUACUUUACCGCUACGGAUGCCUUUGUCAAGGUCUUCUUUGAGAGAAGGGAGAUCCGGACCGGCACCAUCUUGAACAACAACAAUCCCGUCUGGAACCUCACCUUGGACUUCAAUACCGUCCACCUCACCAGCACCAGCAAGAUCCGCAUAGAGGUCUGGGAUGAGGACAACUGGUACCAUGACUUGCUCGGAGGCUGCGACAUCCCGCUGGAGGCUGGGGGGCCCCACCAGAAGGAUUGCUACAUGAAACAUGGCCGCAUCUGGUUCCAGUACAGCCUGCGCUGUGGGCCCCACCUUGGGGGUCGGAGCUGCCUCGACUAUGUCUCCCAGCCACCCCAGCUGGGAACAGCCAAGGGGAAGGAGGUGGAGGCCUUCUGGUGAGCCCCUGAUUGGAGGGGGACAUGGAUGUGCACUGGUCACUAGCGCUCCCUGUCCCCCAGAGCAUUUUGUAGUUCCCGCUCUGCUGACGCUUCAGAGCUUCAUGCUGUCACUCCUGCUCGGGAAUCAGUGUCUCCGAUGCCCCUAAGAAAUGUCUGCUCCUGUGGCCCGAUAUCCUCACAGGUCCCUCUGGGAAAACAUCCCACCAUGAACCGCCCAUUCCGGAACCAUCAGACCAGUGUGUCCAAUGAUUCCAGCCAUCCAAUGUAUCCAUCUAACCAACAAACGACAACAUGUACCUACUGUAUCCAACUUAUCUGCCCCCCGCAUCCAGCCAACUGCCAACCAACCAACCAACCAACCAAUUGUUGCAUUUAGUUUAUUCAAUGUAUUCAACCAGUAAACCGCCAACUGGAUUUAGUGUAUCCAAUGUAUCCAACCAACCUAUGAAAGAACAUGUGCAGUGCAUCUACCGUAUCCUUCCCUCCAACCAACCAAUGCAUAUAUCUAGUGCAUCCAACGUAUGCAACAAACCAACCAAUGAAUGUAUCCAGUGUAUGCAAACGACCAAUGAAUUUAUCUGGAGCAUCCAAUAUAAAAAGCCAGCCAGCCUGCCAGCCAAUGAAUGUGAUUAGGAUGCCCAGUGUAACCAGCCAACCAACAAAUGUAUUUAGCGUAUCCAGCCAACCUGCCAACCAGUGUCUCCAGUGCAUCCAAUGCAUCCAUCCAGCCAACCAACCAGUGUAUGUACCUAGUGCAUCUGGUGUAUCCACCCAACUAACGUCUUAGGUUCAUCCAACCAACAUGUGUAGCCAGUGCAACCAAUCAACCAAUGAAUAUAAAGUACAUCCAGUCAACCCAUAUGUGCUGGCAGUGCAACUCAUCCACCACCCCACGUGUCCAUCCACCCACUGUAAUUACCUGUCUCGUCCAUCCAGUUGAAAAGAGAUCAUCGGGAGGAAAGCUCCGCCCCUGUCCUAUUGUGGCAUCAGGGAUUAACCCUCUGCAGAAACCUGAAGAUACUCCAGCGAUGGACACGGUUCUAAACAUGCAGGGGAUGGGCUGGGCUCCUGGAGGGAGGAUUCAUUAGGAGGCUGUUUCCUAGCUGUCAUUUCUGGUGCUUUCCACAAUUAUCCAGCAGCUCUGGGGUACAUUAUCUCAUCCUGAACGUGCAGGCCCCACCCACCAUCCAGCUGGAUGUUCCAUCCUCAGAUGAUCAACAGAGAUGAUGCUAUAUCACUUGCCAUUGGUAGGAUUCAGAGUUAACACCCCCGAGGACGUGCCAGAGGGCUAUCGGUUCAGGCUGGAAGCAGGCUCCUUGCAGCUUUGCAUCUCCACCAGAAAAUUAUUUGCUUCUGGGAGGAUUCCAGCUCUCCGGAUCUUUGCAAAUGUAUCUCCUUGCUUCAGUAAAUAUUUGUGAAAGCAAAUUUA